AGGGAGAAUGGUCAUUGUCUGACCUCUUAAUGGUUUUCUGCACACCCUAAUCCUAUGAAAGCAAGCACUGUGCAAUUGCCGCUUGGUGAUCAUCCUAUGGACUGUGAAAUUACUUCAGCAAAUGAUCUUCCCAUCUACUCAAUGUGGCUGUGUCUCUUCGUGUGAUUGAAACUUAUUAUUCUUCCUGCUUUACAAUGCGAGGGAGGGAAGUAUAUGAUUGAACAGUUCAUCCAAUGUGACAUGUUGCUUGGGCAUCUCAUGGCCAGACCAACCACACCCCAUGUACCCAAACCCACCUCGACUCUUCCCAACCAAGCAUAUCCUGCUCUGAUGCGGGGAUAUCUGUAACAAGUGCCUGUAUCGUGUCGGAGCUCGGAGACAAAGCAGCUGCUGAGUUUGUGGAAGCGCAAGACUUUUUCAGUUGGGACUAUAUGUUGAAGCCUGGCUGCCAUCAUGAUUCACUCAAGGACGUAUACCAUCACGGUGCACAUCAACAGUGCCUUUCAAGUUAUGAAUGAUCUCCGGCGUAAACAUGAACUUUGUGAUAUCGUCCUCUGUGUGGAGGACCAGGAAUUCCAUGCCCACCGGAUCGUUCUUGCGGGCUGCUCCCCGUACCUUCGAGCCAUGUUCACCAACGGCAUGCUGGAGUCGGCAAAAAGUCAUGUGGAGAUACGCGGCAUCGACCCCGUUGCCAUGGAAAUCAUCUUGAACUUUAUCUACACGGGUACAAUUGAGAUUGAUGUAGAGAACGUUCAGAUUGUGCUCGCUGGGGCCAGCAUGUUGAACAUGGGUAGUCUUCGUAAUGUGUGUAGUACAUUCUUACAGUCACAACUUGAUGCCAGUAACUGCCUUGGAAUUCACUCUUUCGCUGACAUGUAUUCUUGUCGAGACCUUGAGAAUGCCUCCCGUCGAUUCAUCUACCAACACUUCCAGGAAGUUGUUGGGACUGAAGAAUUCUUCCUCAUGCCUGAACAGGACGUCGUCGACCUGCUAAAGAGCGACCAGCUCCAGGUCGACGGAGAGGAGGAAGUCUACGAGGCUGCCAUUUCAUGGCUGAACUAUGACCUCCGUAACCGCAGCCAUUGCUGCUGCAGCGUGUUGGAGAAUGUCCGCUUUGCGCUUCUAGGGAAGGACUACCUCUUGGAGAACGUCUACAGGUCUGAACUGAUCAAUCGUUGUACUAAGUGCCAGGAUCAGGUGGCAAAUGCCUUGAGGAUUAGGAAUGAUAACCAGGCAUUGGCAUUGAUUGGUAGCAGGUCUCAACCACAGAGUAUCUAUGUCGUUGGAGGAAGGAAUGACUUGGAUUGUCAGCUGAGUAGCUGUGAGAGAUAUGAUGCAGUUCACAAUAGAUGGAUACCUCAGGAGAGCAUGGAAAUCUCCAGAACAGCAGUAGGUGUGGCUACCCUGGAUGGCCACCUCUACACCAUCGGUGGUGAGUGUGCCUUCAACGGUUCCCAUGACGAUGACACCAUGUACCUAGGUCAAGUAGAAUGUUACAACCCAUUGUUGAAACGUUGGAACCCUGGUGCCUGUCUGGGUGUGCCGAGGUCCUUCGUCGCAGUGUCCAGCCUUGGUGGUCUUCUGUAUGCACUAGGAGGUGAAGACAACAACACCAGUCACAAUGCAGUGGAGGUUUACGACCCUAGCAAUGAUUUCUGGACCUUUGCACCCUCCAUGAAGCAGAGGAGAAGUGGGUGUGGUGUGGCAGUGUGCGACGGGAAGCUUUAUGUUGCAGGUGGUUACGACAAGAGCUACCGAACAGAGAGGGCCAGCGUCGAGUGCUACGAUCCCGAGACUCAAGAAUGGCACUUUGUGGCGGAGAUGGAGAAAGCGAGGUCAGGUUUAGCCUUGGUUGCCAUGGAUCAUUAUAUCUAUGCUGUCGGAGGUCGGUUACGACAUACUGACCAGUUCUUUAAUAUUGCUGAAAGAUACAACACUCAAACCCAGCAGUGGUCUUCCAUCCGGUCAAUGAUUACACCUCGAGCCUGGCCAGCUGUUUCCAUCUACGACAACAAAAUCUUUGUGAUGGGCGGGUACGAUGGAUCCAACCGGCUGCGUAGCGUCGAGGUGUACGAUCCGCAUCGUGAUUCCUGGUCACGAGCAAGCAACAUGAACGUAGCACGGGCAGGAUGUGGAGCUGCGGUGGUAUGACCAAGUGGACCCGGUCUUGGGUCUUUUCGCUCAGUCGGUCAGCAUGAUAAAAACUGAUUGAAAAAGUUUUAACGAUGAUGACAGCAUGGCAGCGUCAGGGACUGCUUUGAACCUUCUGUGAGAAUGUAGCAUCUGAGAUGCUUUCACCAUUGACCAAUUAGUUCUUAAAUGUUAGGCUUAAGACAGUGAUCAUGAAGCCAAUGGAUUAAUUAUCUGGUUGGAUCAUGCGGUUAUGAGAGAAGAUCAGUCUGCAUAGUCCUGGACAGGUUAGAAAUAUUAAGAUUUUCUUGAUCUUGUAUCACAAACAGGUCUACAUAUUACUCUGCCUAGGCUAAGUCAAAUCUCUUGAGAUCACAGAAAUCUUGAUUUGGGCAAAAUUUCACUUAGAAUAUGUUUUUAACACAUAUUUUGUAUAUUCUUGUCUGGGAGAGUGCUUCAAGUUAGGUGACUAUUUGACUUUGGAAAGUUGACUUUAUAUGCAGAGUGUACUGUAUCUGGUUAUUCCCUCAUAUGGAUAAGGAUUCAAAACAAAAGAGCAAUCAUUUUGAACAAGCAAAGUCGGAUUUCCACAGGAUACAUAAUAGGCAAAUUUAGAUCUGCAAUGCAUCUUCCGUGACAUCAUUUGGCGAAGAUUGUCAUUAUGCACUUGCCAAAGACAACUGCCCUCAAUCCCUCUUGCUUUGCCUCAUUUAAGUUUACAGUCCUCUGAAAUCUACUAAGCAUAACCCUCAGUUGGGCCUCCUGGGUAGUUGUGUUAUGUCAUCAGAGGAGCGUUUCAUGAAAGGACGUUCCGCCAUCAAAUCCUGUUUUAUCCGAAAAAUACCGUAGUGGCCGUACUUCUCAGCCGAUCAAGAUCAAGGAAAGUUGUCAGAUCUGACAACUUGUCAGACAAAAAUGUUGAUGAAAGGCUCCCCACACCACCAAAGAAAGUAUACUAUAUACUGUUAGAUGAUGGAUUUGCUGAUUAGGUACAAAGCUUACGCUUUGAGUCCCCACUUGUUUAUAGGUACGUCCCGAGGUUUCUUGCAGGAAUCCCACUACAAAAGAGCUAUGCGUCUUUACACAGCAACUUUCCUUCAUUCCCCAUUGUCUUGCCUUUGAUGAAAUGUGAGAUUCUUUAUAGAAAGGCCGUUUGCCGGAUUCCCAUGCAAAAGAGGCGGUACCGUAAUUUAGGACUCACACAUUGCAUCAGUAGCGAAGAUAAAGCAACUCUUCAGCACCCUGCAAACUAGAACUCUGAUCAGCCCAGGAACAUUCUGUGUCACUGGAUUAGCAUCGCAAAUCUGAAGCUGCCUUAGACCCUGGCAGUUUGAAGGAUUAAAAGAUUUCCAGGGCAAACUUUAUCUAAUCCAAGAUUUGUUAUUUUAUCGAAGUGGGGGGGGGGGUGUUUAAGUCAUGCCCAACUGAUGACUUGCACAUGAUAUCUAACAAACAAUAUUGUUAAUUAAUAUGCAACUGCACAUUAUCUCUUAGCAUGAUUUUACCAGUCCGAUGAUGCAUUUUAAAUCACACGCAACCGGGAUUUUAAAUGAGACUUUUAGUCACAAUGAAAUCUUCAUGGAAACCCCCCCCCCCCCCCCCCCAUGGAGCCCUGAAUCUCAGGGCUAAAAAAACUUGGUUUUUAUCAGAAUUUUUAAUUGGUUUAUACUAAAGGACCAAAAGCAUGGAAACUUAUGACCAAACUCUGCAGCACCUAAACCCGUCUAAUUCUGUAGAGAUUUUCUCAACAGGACAAAAUGUAUCUAUUCUGUAAUGUUUCGUACCGAUGCUUGCUAGGCAAGCAGUUUUACUUACAGUGUGCUUAUGUACUUUAUGAAUAUACAUAACAGGGUAAUUGUAAAGAGCACAGCAGAAUGAGCAUGGAGUUUUGAGUCUUGAGUCUUUAGAUUUUAUUUUCUUAAAAAUUAAACCUUCAUUCCCUUAUCCAUGUCCACAAUAAAUUUCUUUUGAACAAAAGUGGGGACGAUGCAAGAGCUAGCAUGCUCAAUAUCUUUUCUUUGAAAAUGCACUAAAUGCAAAUUCCUUCCAUCAUGAACAUGAUUUUUUUUCCUUUAUUGUUCUUAAAAACCUAUGAUUUUUUUCACCAUUGAUCAUUGUUUGUCUUCCUGUUCGUGGAGCGUUGUGGCCCAGUGGAUUAGUCUCCGUACUAUGAAACAAAGGGUCAUGGGUUCAAAUCCCAGCCAUGGCGUAAUUCCUUCAGCAAGAAAUUUACCCACAUUGUGCUGCACUCGACCCAGGUGAGGUGAAUUGGUACCAGGUAGGAUUUAUACCUUGAAUGCUUUAGCGCCUAUUAAUAUGGCGACUCAGCUACAGCGGGUAAUAAUAUGAUACCAAGUAUCAAAGCGCAGUUGAGUAUAUGCACAUAGUAACUGCGCUAUAUAAAUGGACAUAUUAUAAUUAUUUAUUAUUCUUCUACGAGUAUCUUAUUUUAUUUUGCUCAACAUCGAAGACUGAAAAAGCAUGCCUGCUUGCAGGUUGUAUGUAAACAAGAAGUGUUAUUGUAUUGCACAAAAGUAAUCUGUUGAUUAAAUUUAAAAUGAUAGGUCAUUUGUCUAUUGUAUUUGUGAUUAAGUUAUGAUAAAUCAUCGCUAAAUCUCGGUUUCGUUUUUUGUGGGACUCACUGUAUAUUGGUGAAGAUUUUAGGAAAAUCCAUUAAAGAUUAAGAAAGUUAUUUGAAUGUUAAUUUUUUGAUUUGUGAUGUCAUAUACUAGCAGCUGCCCCAUAUUAUGGUGUUUAAUAUAAAAUGCAUAAAUUUCAAGUUUUUAAUGGUUAGUUCAUGAUGACAAAAAAUGAUCUUCUUCAAAGUGGGUAUGAAAUGAUUUGCCAUUUGAUAUACUGAAGGUACAAUAAAAAACAUUUUUGUUUUUCUGAGAAAAUGACAUUUCAUUGAUGGGAAGCUUCUUGCACAUGUCAUGAAUAAAAAUGAAAAUUCCAAUAACUCUUUAUAUCUUUGAUGGAUUUUAUUCAAACCUUAACCAAUUUUUUUUCUGCCAUUUUUUACAAUAAACUUAUUGUCAGGGUGAACUUCCUCUUUUAGAAUACUCUGAGACCGCUCUCAUCCCAAAAAAUAAUUUCUUGUUACUAGUUUAGGGUCCAUUUUGAAAGUCCAUGUAUGAUCAAUGUGUCUACCUGACACCUUCUAAGGACUAUGGCCUCCUUGGUGGUUAUCUGGGAUAAAGGCCAAACACUUGAUUUCAUGUAUUCAUUUUGAGACCAAUUUGUGUAUCAAUGAUCAAAUACUUCAAAAGGAUCAAUAGUAUUGAUCGAUCAACUCAUUCUAGGAUAGUACUAUGGAUAUUUAUCUGAAUUAGAAGUACUCUUUUUAUUGCUGUGUGUGAUGGCUAUAUCUUAUUUGAAUUUGAAAUUCAUUUGUAAUUGAUUUAAUUUUCACAUCAUUUUUCCAAAUAUUCUCUUUGUGAUGCACUUAAAAACAUGUAUGAAGCAUAAUAUGAAUGUUACAUUUUUUAUUUCGGGUUUCAUCAUAUUGCAUGCCAUAUCUUCCAGAACUGUAAGCAUGAGAGUUAGGAAAAACAAAAGAGGAAAACGUAUUAUUUGCUUUUGUGCGCCACAAGACUGUGUUUUGCAUUAAGAUGUAGGUGGUUAUUGCGAAGCCUUUCAUUACAAGUAUUAUUGUACAUGUAUCACUUUUGUUGCACCUGAAUUUGUAUAAAUGUUUAGAAUAUUGUGAUAUUAAAUGUACUAAUGGAUGAACGUUGUAGACUCAUUGCCAGAUUGUUCAGAUGAUAUGUUGAUGUCCUGAAGAAAAGUAUGACAGUCUUAAAACUUUCCUAGCAAAUUAUUAUUUUUAUUUUUUUUAUGUGGUGAAGGGCAGUUUCUAGUUCAAGUUAUACACUUUGUUUUUAUGUUACAGUAAAAGAAAAAAAAUUGAAAUUUUGCGAAACCAUUUGUCGUGCCUGCAAUGCUUUUUUGUUAAUAUUUUGCUUUUGGAAUGUAAAGAUAAGUUCUUGCCUUGAAGGAGAAAUGUAUGAAUAUAAUAUAUAUAUUUCAGUAUAUUCACAUUUCUAAAGUUAUGUAUAUAUAUAUAGUGUAUAAAAAAUGAGGAGCGGUUUUUAUUUUUUGAUUUGCUUAACAUUAUGUUCUUGUUGCAACUUGUCUUACUAACAGUGUUUAUGUUAAAAUCAUGUAAUGUUUCAAUGAACAGCUUGUUAUUAUAUUGAAGUAUUAAGAAAAUUCAUACUUUUUAACAGCGAGCUUGACACCAAGAAUAUAAAGAUUUAUUUGUCAGUAUGACUAUUGUCAUUUUUUUACUACGCAUAUACAUGUAGCGUUUUAUAUUUCAAAGACAAAGAAUUAUAAGUUAUUUCAUCCAUUGAAAAGUUUCCUCCACAUCCUUAAGCCUGGUGCAUGUUACACAAUCCAAUGUGACACAAUUUCUAACAAAUCGUAUUUUGCAUUCAAGUGGAAAGUUCCAAGGAGUUGAAUUAUUUUAUUUGAAGCUCAGCAUGAUGUUAGGAAUAAUAAAAUCAGAAUUCCGCUUUGCUGCAAGCCUUGUGGUCAGAGUAAAGUCCAAAUCAGCCUCAAGCUUCAGGUGAUGAUGAUGUCAUCAUGAUAUGGAAUUGAAUUUGCUUUUAGUCCUACAGAAAGGCUAAAAAUAGAAUGGAAUUUCAAUUUCAGUAUUCAUACUGAUCAUUCAGAAUUUAUAGGUUGGAAUGUUUCUAUCAAAUGAUGUUACAGUUUCUUUGAAAACUGGAUUGCAACGACUUGUGUAGUGUGCCUGCAUGGCUUAGAUGCUGAUUUCUAUGUUGUUUGAAUGAAUAUACAUUCUAGUAUUUUUUAAUCAGUAUCGGAGAUUAAAUCUCAAUACCUUUUUCUCAUUUUACUCAACAUGAAAUGGCAAUAUUUUUUUUUUCCGGGUCCGGCAAAAAGGUGUGCCAGCCUAAAAUCAAAGAUUGCCGCCAUUUCCCCACAAAAUCUUGAGACCAAAAAUAUUGUUAUUUCAUGUUGAGAUAAGGUAAAAGGAACAGAUGAAUUCUAUCACCCAUUUAUAACCCACUCCUAGUACAAACCAUGAGGUAAAAUUAUCAUUAAAACAUCAGAUUAAGUGGGUGUUUCAUAAAGCUGUUCUUAAUUUACGAGCAACUGAAUGAACGACAGGUGAUCCUUUCUUGUGGAAAAUGAUGUCCAGCAUAAUUAUCGUCAUUGAUGGUAAUUUAGCUAUGAAAGGAUUAGCAGUCAUUUGUAAAGUCUCUGAUAUCGUACCAACAGCUUUAUGAAACACCCAUCAGAUGUCUAUUAAAAUGCAACGAAUGGAUAUUCCAAGUAUCACCCAUUUAUUUUGUUUGAUUUGGGAAUAAAGGAUUGAGUAAAAAAGGUGAAAAUCUGCAUAUUUUUUUUUCAAAGAAGAAACUUUAAAUGAUUAAUCAUAAGCAUCAAUUUUAUGCACAACUUUACUGAUCCAAUGAGUCCAAAUUAUUUAUUUUGAAUCAAAGUUUCCUCUGUUCUUGUGAGCAGUUUGUUAAUUGCAUAUUCUUAUAAGAAAAUCUGGUCAUUUCAUACUGUCAAUACCAUGAUAAUUUUGAGCCAGUAUGGUAACAUUAUUCCCUGUCAUCACAAGAAAAUUCUUUGAUAAUACAGUAUCUAGAUUUUCCCCAAACAUAUCAGCUCCAAGUUGAAGAAAUCAUUAGUCCUUUAUUUUUGUUUUGUCCUGGAUGGAAGUUGUACCUCUAUAAGAAGUACUGUCAUUAUCUAAAGUCAUGAUUGUUUAUAUUAAAAAAGAAUUAAAAACCAUUCCCUAAUUCAAA